CUCGGCGGGGCCGUGGCCGGCGCCAGCUCGGCCCGCCCCCUUCUCCGCCCCGCCCAGAGCCUCCGCGGGGCCCGCUGCUGUCAGCUCCCUCAGCGUCCGGCCGAGGUGCGGUGUAUGCUGAGCCGCUGCGGCUGCCGGCUGCUGCACGUCCUGGGCUUUAGUUUCCCUCUGCUGUCUAGCCGGCCGCUUUUCCUCUGCUCUCACCGCUUCAUGAAACCGCUGGUCGUGUUCGUCCUCGGCGGUCCUGGCGCCGGCAAGGGGACUCAGUGCGCCCGCAUCGUCGAGAAAUAUGGCUACACACAUCUUUCUGCAGGAGAACUUCUUCGUGAUGAGAGGAAGAACCCAGAUUCACAGUAUGGUGAACUCAUUGACAAGUACAUUAAAGAUGGAAAGAUUGUGCCAGUUGAGAUAACUAUCAGCUUGUUAAAGAGGGAAAUGGAUCAGACAAUGGCUGUCAGUGCUCAGAAGAAUAAGUUCUUGAUUGAUGGGUUUCCAAGAAAUCAAGAUAACCUUCAAGGCUGGAACAAGACCAUGGAUGGGAAGGCCGAUGUAUCUUUUGUUCUGUUUUUUGACUGCAAUAAUGAGAUCUGUAUUGAACGAUGUCUUGAGAGGGGAAAGAGUAGUGGUAGGACUGAUGACAACAGAGAGAGCUUGGAGAAGAGAAUUCAGACCUACCUUCAGUCAACAAAGCCAAUUAUUGACUUAUAUGAAGAAAUGGGGAAAGUCAAGAAAAUUGAUGCUUCUAAAUCUGUCGAUCAAGUUUUUGAUGAAGUUGUGAAGAUUUUUGACAAAGAAGGUUAACUCUAAACCUGAAAGCGUCUUUGUGAUCAUGCUUGAAUAUUGCUUUGAUAGCUGCUACCACAACCCCUUUUUAAAGGCAGUUUUAAUAUAUCAUAAUUACAUCUCAGUUAAUGGCUAGAAAAUAUGUAGUAAGACAAAUUUUUUAUCUUCAAUUUGUUUUGGUCACAGGACUAGACAGUGAAUUUGGGUCUAACUUCAUCUUAGCUAUGGUGCUCACAAAACAAAGAAGGGUGUCAGCUAGUUCUUUGUUUUUAUUCAAAAAGAAUAUCCCUUUUAUAGUUUGUGCCUUCUGUGAGCAAAACUUUUUAGUAUGUGUGUAUAUCCCUUUAGUAAUUAUAACAUGUUAGGAUUAGGGAUUCCCACUUCCUCUAUUUCUUGUAGGUUUUAUUUUCCAACUUAUUUAAGUGAAUUUGUGGACCAAAUUCCAAAAGAACUAUUUGUAUAAACAGUUCUUAAAAAAUGUGUUUGGUAAACAAACUUGUAAAAUGAAGUCCUAGAAGUGUUUUAAUAUUUAUCAAAUAACUGACCAUUUCCAUAGAAAAGUAAGAAAACUUAGGCUUUGUUUUACUACAACUUGUAUAAAGUUGUGUGACAGGGCAUAUUUGCUUCCAGGGUUUGGGAGGGGGACUUUGGGGUUCAGAGCCUGACAGAACUGUCAGCUUUAUUCUGACAUAAAUCUGAGGGUAAGGGGCAAGGUUCACAUCUAAUGACAUGUGACCCUUAUGCUCUGUUAUGUAGUGUUAUUAAUGAUUAAACUGAUCUUAACAAAAUUCCUAGCAGGAACCUUGAUAUGCAUGUACUAGAUUUAUGGUAAAAUGAUUUGGUUAGCAUUUUAGUAACAUUUCAAAAGGUUUUUGUUUUUUAGACUAAAUAUAGGGUUAGUGUAAAAUAAAGAAAUCUAGUGGUUAAAUUCCCCAUUUGUAUUUUAUUUUCUUGAGUAAUUUUUUUCAUAGUUACUUGUUUAAGAAGAUUUAAAAAUCAUUGCACUUUGGUCAGAAAAAUAAUAAAUAUAUCUUAUAAAUGUUUGAUUCCCUUCCUGGCUACUUUUAUUCAGUAAACUUUUUUUUUCCAUCAUAUUGAAGCAUUGAAAGGUAUAAAACUUUAAAAAGGCUAUUGAGUCCAAAUUUUUCCUGAAAUCCAUUCUUCCUUUAAAAAAUCUCUUAGAAAUUUGUUUUCUUCUUCCUUAUCUUUUUCUGCCAUUACUAAUAUAAACUGGUAUCCAAGGCUCUUAAUAUGAUUUAUUAAAAUGUUUCUCAUUUUCAGCAUACAUACUGUUUGGUAUACAGGGUUAAAUCACGGAAGGAAUUUUGCCUUUGUAUGAUUAGAUUUUAUAUUUAAGGUUUUUGGGAAUAGUAAGGACAAUUUAUGGAUGUUUUCAUAUUAUAGAUUGAUUUAUUUCUAUGUGUGUUAUUGCUAUAGUAGGUGGACAGCCAGACGUGAGCAGGGAGGGGGGUUGGGGACUUUAGCUGGUGUUUACAUUCGGUUAGAUGCUUGUUUGUAUUCUUAACAUUCCAUGUAAACUGUAAUUGUGGGAUGUGGGGAGGAGGGUAUAGAUAUCAGACCUGCCUAAACUGAGUAGUUCCAACAUGGGGAAGUUCACCCUGACUUCACCUCAAAGUACAUUAUAUGCUCAUUAGCAUACUAAAUAUCACACCCUUGGCAUCAUGACAGUUCUGAGGAAGACCAUCUGAGGACAAAAAAAGGGCAUCACCCUAUUUCCCAGAAAUUCCCUCCCUAUUCGGAGAAAACUCCACCUAAUCUGAUGAAUAUUCCACCUCUGCUUUAACUCCAGCUAUAAGACCACCCAACCCAGUCCCCACUGGGCUGCUCACCUUGGAGCGUGCCUGCACUCCCUCCUUGAGUGUGUACCUUGCUUUAUUAAACUACUCUUUGCUUGUA